AUGUUGUUAGUGGUUGUGCUUCUGUGGCAAAUUUACAGAAUCCAGUCGGUGAAGCUAGACGUGUUAGACUGUGGGAUAGACCAUGCGCUGGAUGUCGUCGAAGGCGAUUUGGAUGUGUCGCACUAUCCUUGGGUCGGAGUACUGUUCUAUAGCUACUUUGGUGAAGAGGGUGACAGUCGAUCAGUGACUACAGUCGUCCUAAUUCAGAGCGAGUUUGUGAUCGCCGCGGCCGCCGAUAUAGGUCCUAUGCCAAAACACAACUUUAGAAAAAACUCGCGCGUAUUACUGGGAGAGGGUUGGGACCGGCCAGGUCGCCGUGUGCGCAACUAUGUGCUUCAUCCAGAGUACGAGGAGACUUACAAUACGGUGGCGCUAGUGCAGCUCAGCACCCCUGUGAGAAAUAUUAACAUCCGACCAGUGUGCCCGCCUCCUAAUUUGUUGAGGAAUCCAACUUUUUAUGUCAUUAAAAUGAAAGAAGAUAUAGAAGUUCUAAGUAAAGAAGUAAUAAGAGUACUGCACAUUCCUGGAAAAAUGUGUAAAGAGUUCUAUGUCGCAGCCAAUUUGUACAGUAAGAAGAUGCGUCCCCCGCACGUGGCGUGCGCGGUGUCGCUGCAGCCGGGCGGGGUGUGCGUGUGGGGGGCCGGCGGCCCGCUCGUGGCGCGCGACGUCUGGGGGCGCUGGAUGCUGUUAGGGUUGGGUGUGAGAGGCCCAGGGUGCGGCGCGCCGUCUCGCUACUUGGACAUGAUGAGCUACUACCCUUGGGUCGAGAAGAGUCUGGACGGGUUCAAUAAGAUCACCAUCUCUAAGAUAUCCAAGCAGAAAUAUGUAUUGCGUUCUAGCCACAACUACCAAAGAUUCGGUAAUUGCGACGCCGAAGAGAAAACCCACUUGGCGUUCCGAGAAACUAUUGUAUUGAGGACGGACAACAGUCAAUAUCAGUAUUUGACGUACAAUAUAACUCUGUUGGAUAAUGUGGAGUACACCUGCAUGACGAUGGAGCUAGUCAAUGCGUCUGCCGUCUCCGAAAUGAGGAUCAAACAUUUCUGCAACCGGGUGAACUUUGGAGCACCAUGCUAUUUUUAUAGAGGUAUGUUCGUGAAUACAUUCAGAGCCUUUAGCCAAACGCCACUUUAG